ACUAGCUUGAUUUCAAAGAUUGAUUUUUUUCUGAAAAAAAAAUUGUUGGGGUUUCUUGGUUUUGCUGUUUAGUCCAUUUGGGAAGUUGGGUUUUGUUUUUUUGAUAGUUUAUUCAUUUGGGGUUGUUUUCAAUUGUCUGAUUUGGUGGGAAAAAAAAUCAAAUCUUGCAGUUGGGUUUUCUGUGGAAAAGUUCAAGAAAAUGAUCUUGCAGUUGUUUUUUCUGUGAAAAAGUUCAAGAAAAAUGGCAAUGGGAAAGAAGAUAUGUGAAAAUGUUGGAUUUGGGCUUGUGAGAAGUACUUCAUUUGGGAGGAAAAGAGUGUGUUUGCCUAAUAUUAGAGAUCUUGAUUUCAUUUCCACAACACCCACAAAGAAACUCUGCAGAAAGAAUUCAUUUUCCACUUUUGUGAAGUCCCCUCUAGAAGCCCUACCUCAAGAUAUCCUGAUAAGGAUACUGUGUGGAGUUGAUCACGAUGAUCUAAAGAGGUUGUUUCAUGUAUCAAAACCAAUUAGAGAAGCGACUUUGGUUGCAAAAAGAUGGCAUUUUGAAUAUAGUACACCAAGAAAGACUCUUGGUUUUAAGAAUGCUACUGAUAUGGAAAAUUGGAGUGAGUGUAAUGAUGUUGAAGUGCCAAAUGCUCCUAGGCAAUCGAAGUUUCCGAGGACUAGGUUAAGCCGGAAGAAACUAGCUGACAUAUCCGUAGCCUUGUUUACAUCAGACGGUGAAGAAAAUUGGCCACGAAGGGAGUUAUUUAUGCAAAUGGACACCGAGAUAUAGAUCUCAUAUCAGAUUCUUUAUUGGUAUUACAACACAACAACAACAUCAACUAUGCUUCAAUGUCAAGCGAGUUGGGGUCAGCUAUAUGGAUCAUCACUGUUCUGUAUAGGCAUUGUUGUAGAAAUCAUAGGUAUGUUUAUCAGAUUUCAGCUGCUUUGUGUACAUGUCACAACAAUCUUUACAAGCCACAUUGUUCUUCAAUACUUUCAUUGAAGAUGGAGUGUGUUUGUAUUUGUUUGUACUUGUAGAGAUGUUGAUUUAGAGAUUCAGUUUGAAGGGCUCUGUUGGCCCUUCUGAUCUCAUAAGAAUUUUAGUUGUAUAUAGGAGUCUAUUCUCUUGUAAUACGAUUUGUUAAGUUAAAUGAAUAAAUAUGUACUCCACUUUACCUCAAACUUGUUUGCAAUUUGAAAAGAACCUCUCUA